GUUCAAGUUGCUCGUUCAUUCGGCGAAACAGGUCGUGCAGGUGGUCGCGAACGGAGAGAGGGUGGUGUGUGGUGAGGCGGCAAGUCGAGUAGCCCUUUUAGAACAGACGGAUGGCACUGGAAUCAGCAUCGUUGUCGACAGGUCUCGUGGAUGCCCAUACUCAUCCCGUCUGGGCUGGAGAUCGAGUAAACGAGUUUGCCAUGAAGCUGGCAGGCGCAACGUACAUGGACGUGCACAAGGCCGGUGGAGGAAUCUAUCACACAGUGCAGAAAACGCGCUUGGCAACUGAGGAUCAGCUCCUCAGCCUCUUGUUGAACCGACUGGACGGGAUGCUGAAGAGUGGAACUACCCUGGUGGAGGCAAAGUCCGGGUACGGACUGGACGCCAUCACCGAGAUGAAGAUGCUGCGAGUCAUACAACGAGCGCGGGAAAAAACGCGGGUCGACAUCUCUUCUACGUUUUGUGGAGCCCACGCAGUGCCCAAAGGUAUGACCCCAGAAGAGGCCACGGAAUCCGUCUUGAAUGAACAACUGCCGGCACUCAAGCUCAUGAUGGCCACGAACGAUAUGUCCGUCGAUAACAUUGACGUCUUCUGCGAAAAGGGCGUCUUCGAUGUCGAGCAGAGUCGACGAAUCCUGGAGGCCGGGCGAGUUCUGGGCCUUCAACUCAAUUUCCAUGGAGACGAGCUACAUCCCGUGGGCGCAGCAGAGAUGGGUGCCGAUCUGAAGGCGGAGGCCAUAUCUCACUUGGAAGAGGUGUCGGAGGCCGGAAUAUCCGCCAUGGCCUCCAGUGGCACGGUGGCGGUCCUCCUCCCCACCACCGCCUACAUCCUCCGACUGAAGCCUCCCCCAGCUAGAAAGAUGAUUGAGGCGGGCGUUCCGGUCGCCUUCGGCUCCGACUUCAACCCGAACGCCUUUUGCCUCGCUAUGCCCCUCGUGAUGCACUUAUCGUGUGUGCUGCUAGGCUUGAGCAUGCCGGAAGCACUCCACGCAGCCACCAUCAACGCCGCAAAGGCACUGGGAAAGUCCGAGACACACGGAUCCCUGGAGAAGGGCAAGAACGCCGACAUGAUCAUCAUCAAUGCCAACAGGUGGGAGCACUUGAUCUAUCAGAUGGGCUGCCAUAAUUCGUUGAUUCAUAAAGUUAUCAAGAAAGGGGAUGUCGUUCAUGACAACGAGCUCCAAGAACAGCUUGUUUCGUGCUGAACGUCUAUUUGUUGUUUCGUGAUGUGUACUGGGGAAU